UUGCAACACUCUAACAGUUGACCAAACAGGCUCUAAGAUGCUCACGCUGUUUGCUUUCGCUUACAUUUCCUCCGUUUGGCUGAUUGGCGGCUCCAAUGUGUGUGGGGCUGCCAUGGGAGGAAGAGAAGACCCUAAAAGCGACUGCGUCCUGACAAACUCUGAGAAACUAAGUAAUGACAUCGGCAAGGCUGAAUGCUGUGGGAAUGAAGUUUGUACAGGGGCAGGGCUGUGUUGUGGAGGGCAGGCUUUCAACCCUGAAGAAGGCACGUGUUGUGAAGUAGACAAUGGACAUAACAAAACAGCUGUUACAAAGGGUCUUAGUCAAAAGGUGUCAUCUUGCUGUGGACUGAAGGCCUACAACAAACUCAAUGAUAUAUGCUGUGAGUCUAACGUUGCAGCCAAGCCUGGUCCAAACGCCAAAUGUUGUGGUAAAGUGGCCUUUGAUGUGGACAAGCAGUUGUGUUGUGGUCCGAAAGGAUUUAAGAAGGUAGUGCCGAAAACCUCCACUGAACACCGGUGCUGUGGAGAUAAGCCGUUCAACCUUAGGAAUCAGUGCUGCUGUACUGUUCCUCCCAAGAGUCUUGAGGUUGAAUCCAUCAAUUCCUCCUGCUGUCCGUCAGCUCUCUGUGGAGAGAAGCCCUACAAAAUAUCCAGUGAACUAUGCUGUGAUUCAACGGUUGUAAAUAAAACUGUGCCAGAUGCCAGUUGCUGCGGUAGAGUGGCAUUUGAUAAACACACGCACUUGUGUUGUGGUCCGCAUAAUAGCAAAACGUUCCUGCAGAAAGACUCCAGUGGCCACGUGUGCUGUGGACAUAAGCAGUACAACCCUAAGACUGAGUGCUGCCAUGAGAUGAAUGGAAGCCUAGAGCCAAAGCAGAUCAAUUCCAGCUCCUGUAAGAAGGAUUUAUGCGUGCAGAAUCAGAAACCCUCUUCUCUGCUCAUUUGCAAACAGACAACAUUUUUUAUCUGUGGGUCAAAGGGUUCCAGCUCCUGUGACAAAAACCAGCCAAAGUCUCAAUGUUGCCGCACCUCAGAACGUUAUGAGGGUGUCCGCACUGUGUAUGACCCAAGGGCGCACAUCUGCUGCGAUGGCUGUGUAACUGGAAGGAAACCUUGGAAAGAUCAAUGCUUCGGACAGACGUCUUAUUGCUUGGCACAAAGCGGAGUCCUCUGUCGUAAAGGCACCUUGUACAAGUACAGAGAUGAUGGAGAGGUAUGUUCAGCUGGAGGGACUCAUCCCUCACCUGAACAACACUACUGCGGGAGAGAACCCUAUCUUCCUAAGGAGGACAUCUGCUGCCAUGGACACAGGCAUGCCAAAAAUGGAAACUCUCACUGCUGUGGGGGGGAAGCCUACAACAUCUCAGACCCAAAGAAGAAGUGCUGUGCGGGAAGACUUUACAACCUGACUGGACAAAGUGGAGAGAAAUAUUAUAACUGCUGUGGAUCCCUUCUGCAAACCACAGAGAGUGAUUGCUGCUCCAGCGAGUUCAAUGAGGUGCUCUACUCUAAAAAGAGUGGGUUCGGAUGUUGUGGUCACCAGUACUUCAACGCCUCACUGUGGUCAUGCUGCGCAGGCAGGCUGAGUCCAGCAAAGAACCAAAACAAGAGUAUCAAUGAAUCCAAACUCCUGUCCAUAAACAAUCUGAAUGAAUCAGAUCUUUGCAACAAAAUGCAAAUCGGAACAGUGGACAGUGUGUCUCUGAACAGCAUCGUGUUUCGUGAUGUGCUGGAAAUCCAUGGAAGAAAUGCCACUAUGACACAUUUGGCCUUGCCUCACAUCCUGAAGACACCUGACUGCUGCAGCUUCCCUAAACUGACCCCAGGAAAGAUCUACUUCUUUGAUGGAAAGAAUGUCUUCGUUGAUUUCAACCACGAUUCUGUUCUCCAGUCACUCUAUUUCAUUUUUUCCAAGUGUUAUGGUCCUUAGGUCACCAGCUUUACAUGUUACCACCACCAGUUUCUCUGUUGCUGUAUUCAUGGUCAGGGUUGGUAAAUGUAUCUGAAAAAUCUUCAGUCUUUUAUUACUUAUCAGCUAUUUCAAAAGUAGUUACAAUAUUUGUCUAUUAUCAUCAUCUUAAGGGACACUGUAAUUAACACGCAGCCAACUACGGUUUUUAGGCUGACAGGCUUUUCUCAUGCACUUUUUAUACGUACCUAAAAACGUAAUGCACUAUAAAUAGUAUGUGACACACCUGAUUGUGAGCCAGGAAAGGUGACGUAGUAUAAAAAGCAACAAAGUCUUUAUUGGGAGGAGGUUGAGGUCCCGUGUGAAACUAAAAGUCAAUGUUGAAUUCUUUGUUCCGAAUCUUUUGCACUCAAUAACCUCACUUCCUUAACCCAAAACACUAUCCUUUCUAAACCUUACCAAGUAGCUUAUACCUAAACAGGUUCUGCAGUGCAGGGGGUUGCACAGGCACACUGUUGUAUUACUAUUGUAUUCCCAGAAUAUGGCACAAACAAUUACAAAAUGAAUGUCUCUGUGUGCAAAGUAUCGAUAAGUUAGGUGCAGCCAGCGAUUCUAAUCUAAAACACUUUCAUCAAAUUUAGUGAAUAUCUUCUCAUAAGCUAUCUGUCCGUUCUGUGUUUGCGUUACAAAAAAAAUGUGGUGGUCAGAAACAGGAUUACCUGAGAACUUGCCAUCUAACCUCGGGUCAAUGCCAUACAUCCUGCGUCACACAGUGAUGUGUGUCUGGUGCGCAUACUCCUUUGCUUGCAUCAGAUAAUUGUACAUUUUUUAAUAAGCUAGUAAAAAGUUGUUUGUUAACCUAAUCUUUGCCUUAACCCCGGGCUUAAACCUACAGGAAGUCAACACACCCUUGUGACUGACAGACAUCAAGCCAUCCCUCCAAAAUGUCCAAGUAUCAGGGCAUUAUUAUCAACAACCUUUUGCAGAGUUUUACUUGAAACUGAUUUACUCUGUAUUGACUUUGUCUUGACUGCCUUUGGACUGGUCUUGGAAACAGUUCAAUACAGAAUAAGCUAAUGUGCCCUGGCUUUCAGUAUAUUAUGCUAAUCAUUGUUUGUUAAUUGUUAUGCUUUAUUAUUUGUAUUCUUUCACUAAAUUCCUAUGAAAACUGUUUACACACAUGCCAUUCACUCACGUUGAAAUGUAAAUUACAGGAUUUAUCAUGUCAUUAUUAUGUAAUAAAGCUAUGACUUCAUUUAAAAGAAACAUCAGGGGUACUAAUGUGCCAUAAGGAAGCAAAACCUAAUCACCCAAAGAAUAAGCUGUGCAUUGACAUCAUGUGUCUUUAUUACAAACUAUUAGGCUGCACCUUUUCUGUAGAGUACUGUUCAUCUCUACUGUAUGAAUUUAAACUAAAAUAUAUUUUCCAAAUCUAUAGUUGAAUUUCUUUCUAGUUGAAGUAAGUGUUAUAAACCUGGUAUUACAUAUCUAUUGCAUGUUUAUUUGAAUAUACGACAGAACAUCCUUUUGUCCUUUGUGUUUUAUACAU